GGGGUGCGCUCUGCGAGUGAUUUCUCUUUCACCCGACCGUACCCGCUGGGACGUCUGACGCCACCCUGUAUCUUGGCAGAACUCAAACUCUUAAACAGGAAAGCCCGUCCCGUGUGAGGAACCUGUUAAAUCGAAAUAUCAAGACUUCCUGGCAGUUCAGCAUCAAAGAGAGAAAUUGCUUGAAAACAGACAUCAACAGCAAAGUAUCUUUAAACCAGAAGAAGUUCUUUAUAAGACAUUGGGUUUCAGUGUUGCCCGAGCAACUAGCUCAUUGAUUUCUGCUGGAAAAGGUGUCUUCGUUACUAAAGGAUUUGUACCAAAAGGCGCGGUUGUAUCUAUGUAUCCUGGUACAGUUUAUCAGAAGUAUGAGCCAGUCUUUUUCCAGUCCAUUGGAAAUCCAUUUAUUUUUAGAUGCCUGGAUGGGGUACUCAUUGAUGGAAAUGACAAAGGAAUAUCAAAAGUUGUAUACAGAUCUUGCAAUGGGAGGGACCAGCUUGGCCCUUUAAAAAUGAGUGAUAGUACAUGGCUAACUUCAGAAAUGCAUAAUCCACUGGCUGUAGGACAGUAUGUCAACAAUUGUUCAAAUGACAAAGCGGCUAAUGUCUGUUAUCAGGAAUUUGAUGUGCCUGCAGUUUUUCCUGUAGAACUGAAGCAAUAUCUUCCAAACAUUGCCUACAGCUACGACAAACAAAGCCCACUUCGAUGUGUUGUUCUUGUUACACUAAGGGAUAUCAAGCAAGGAGAAGAGCUUUUUUCAAAUUACUACACAAUUGUCAGCUAACUUUGUCAUUCAGAAAUUAGGUUUUUGACUCAGCUAUCGAGUUAACUCUAAGUAUUUUUUGUUAGUCAUUUCUCUGAGUUCCAUCUGUAGAACAAAUACUUUGAGACCUAACUGGAGUAGAAAUUCUGUUUUUAUUGAUACUGUAUUUGUUUCAAUUCCAUGAUAAAAGCUAUUUGCUUCCUUACAAUUUCAAAUUUGAAAUGCAGUUUCAAUUUUAAUUGACUUUCACCUAAAUACACAGUAACUCAUUAAAUUAAAACCUACGGUAUGAGUUUAUAAUUUUAGUUUUUCAUUGAUUUUGUCUAUCUCUUUGGUGCUUUAUUAAAUUAUAGUUAAGCCAUCAACAAUUCUUGCAGUACUGUUUGAUGUGUACAAACUGCUGUGAAAACUUUAUUUUUACAGAUAAACUGAAGUAAAAAGAAAAUUUAUUCUAAAAUAGAAUUUGUGUUGCCAUCAGUAAAUUGGUGUGUGUGUGUUUCAUCUAAUUUAAAGAUUGUUCUAUCUUGAUAAGGGGAAAAUGUGGGGUUAUACUAUUUUCUCUACUCUUAAUUAUUUUAUUUAAGCAUUUCACACAUCAUUUAAAAAAAGAGCUAAAAAUGAGGAAAGAGAUCGUUUUAGCAUGGGAAUAUAGAUGGUGUUGGUGGAAGAACAUUUACUCCUUGCUUCUCAUGUUUCCUUGUGGUGGGCUUCUAUUAGUAGGGCUCCUGCUGUCUCUACCCAUGGGAGAAAGAGUGACUUUCUGAGAGUAUCUUUGGAGAGCUAGGCACCAGUGCCUCACACCCUUCUAGUUCCUUCUCUGUGGAUCUGCCUGCCAGCAGGAUGUAUCCUGGGCUGCUCUCUGCCCCCGCGGGAAGAGGCCUGUAACUAGCCCAGCCAGUGAACCAGUGAGCCUAAUUCAGAGGUGGAAUAUUAGUGAGCCGACCAGGCCACAGGUCUGAAGCCACCUUCUCCAGAGUUUUGUAGUAAUAAUUACUUU